ACGACGACUUCAAGACUUCGCACCACAAGUAUAAAAGAAUGAGUUGUGUUGUCAGUUGUAGUACGUCGGUCCACAAUGCACUGCACUGUCGCAUCAAUUAUUCUUGUUUUUAUAGUAAUAACAGCAGUAUAUGGAGAGUUCUGCAUCACAGAAUGUGAGGUUCUGGUGAAUAUCGACUCAGGACCAGUGUGCGGGAGAGAAGAAACUGCAGAGAACAAUACGAAAUACUACAGCUUUCAAGGUAUUCCGUAUGCGAAACCACCGGUAGGACCCAAGAGAUUUGCGGAACUAGAACCUAUUGAGUCGUGGAGUGAACCAUUUUAUGCUUAUGAGGAAGGACCGGCUUGUCCGUCAAGAGACCUUGUCUACGGCAGCAUCACCGUGAAACCUAAAGGCAUGAGUGAAGACUGUAUCUAUGUUAACGUCUUUGUACCGGCCACUGCAUGUUUGGACUGUGAUUGUCUUAAGGACGACCUACUGCCUAUACUGGUGAACAUUCACGGAGGUACAUUCAAUACUGGGUCUGGAAAUAGAGAUUUGCAUGGACCAGAAUUAUUGAUGGUGAAAAAUGUCAUUGUAAUUAAUUUUAACUUCAGGUUGGCAGUAUUUGGAUACUUGUCUCUUGCCUCUGGCAAGAUCCCAGGUAACAACAGUCUGCGCGACAUGGUCACACUGUUACAGUGGGUUCAGCGAAACGCGCGCGCCUUUGGAGGGGAUCCUAGACGAGUGACGUUGCUUGGAGAAAGUUCUGGAGCAGCAUCGGUUCACCUUUUAAUGUUAUCCCAAGCCGCUAGAGGACUUUUCGAGAAAGGUAUAAUAAUGAGUGGCACCGCUAUGGCGAAUUUCUACACUGCAUCUCCAAUAUACGCUAAAAUGAUCGCCGAAAUGUUCCUCCAAGAACUGGGUUUGAAUUGUACUGAUCCUGAUGAAAUUCAUAAGACACUGACUGAACUACCUUUAGAAGAUAUAAUGAGAGCCAAUGAUGUUGUGCAAUAUAAAAGAGGUCCCAUCUCGUUUGCGCCGGUCGUUGAGAUAGAGGAUCACGAAUAUACCAGAAUUAUUGACGAUGACCCCAUAGCUCUCAUCGCACAAGGUCGAGCAAAAGAUAUUCCACUACUAAUGGGUUUCAAUAGCGAUGAAGGAGAAUUUGCCAAAUGGAUUAUAAUGAUUUUGGAUGUUGUGAAUCGUUAUAAAAGUAAUCCUGCAAUCAUAUUAGGACUAAGACUAGCGUACGAAUUGCCUUCUGAGGAAGCUUUCGCGAAAGGAAGGUUUGUGGGAAAAAGAUAUUUUGAUGGUGAACCCACAUUGGAUGGGUUAGUAAAAAGUAUGACGGAUAUUAUAUUUCAAUAUUCUAUGAUAAAACUGGCACAAUGGAGAGUAUUGUUGAGAUCAGCGCCGACAUAUUUCUACCUAUUUUCGUAUGAGAGUGAUUUUAGCAGUGUAAAGAGAGCCAACUGGUUAAGUUACAAAGGAACGGCCCACGUCGAGGAUCUGACGUACGUGUUUCGCACCACUACAUUUCUUCGCGAUCACGUGUCGAUUCCUCCUCAGACUAGGGAUGAUCACAUGAGGGAUUGGAUGUCCACUUUGUUCAGUAACUACGUAAAAUGCAAUAACCCGACAUGCACUGAGCUCGAUGAUCCUCGGUGGCCCCCCACCGAUAUCAAAGAGUUGAUGUAUCAAGUCAUUCGAGAGCCUCAUGUUUACAAUAUGUCCGCUCUAUCCGAUGAGUUGAUGGAAAUGGUGGAGUUUGUCGACAGCGUCGACGACCAAGUCAGGACGCAAACAGAGAUUCUUCAGGAGCAAUACAAAGAAACAGCAUAAUUAUUUUGUUGAGGCAACGGCGUGGUUCUGUCUAAUAUACUUUGGCAUUGCAGAUGUCCAUGAACCACGGCGACCAGGCCUCAUUAGAUGGACCGUAUAUGCUAAUUUGUAUUUGAAAGCUAUAAAAAUAUUAUAGAAAAUAUAAUAGUUCAAUAUUUUGAUUCGAAGAAUGCUGGUGUUUCGCUCCGGACGGUGUGCACUUAGAUAUUUAUUUUUAAGUAGUGUUUGCUGCGUAGUUAUUUGUAACCAGUAACAAUCAUCAAAAUUAGAGAAAAAAUAAGUUCCCCUUUGCCCAAAUCAGCGUGAAAUGCUUAAUUGUAUUUGUUUUAUAUAUUUAUAAUUACUAAUUUCAGGAAAGGAC